AUGACCGUCGCAACCCCCCGCUUCUCCACAAACGACGUCACAGUCGUCUUCUUCCUAGGCGGCCCAGGAAGCGGCAAAGGAACCCAAUCCGCCAACCUAGUCAAGUCCUACGGCUUCGUCCACCUCUCCGCCGGCGAUCUCCUCCGCGAAGAACAAGACCGCUCAGGCAGCCAAUAUGGCGAGAUGAUCAAGGAAUACAUCCGCGAAGGCAAGAUCGUGCCAAUGGAACAACCCCCCGCCCCCGGCACGAAAGCCCGUUUCCUGAUCGAUGGCUUCCCGCGUAAGCUCGACCAGGCCGUUUUCUUCGAGGAGACUGUCUGUCCCUCGGAGCUUGUCCUUUUCCUUGAUUGUCCCGAGGCGGUCAUGGAGACCCGCUUGCUGAAGCGUGGUGAGACUAGUGGUCGGGCUGACGAUAAUGCCGAGUCUAUUCGCAAGCGGUUCCGUACUUUUGUCGAGACUUCUAUGCCUGUUGUUGACGAUUUCCGGGCUAAGGAUAAGGUUGUCACUGUUACUGCGGAUAAGUCUGUUGACGCCGUUUAUCAGGAGGUCAAGGCUGGAAUUGAGGCUCGUGGUAUCUCUCCUCGUUAA